AACCCGACAUCCGUGUUGCGUCCAUGCUAUUAGACCGGUUCUUCCUAAGCUUAUGCAUGGAAAUUGCACAUAAAAUUCUCAUUUCGGACGCAUUUGUCGAAGCGACCCACAAGAGAAAAGACUGCAACGAAUGAUGUGACAAAAUGUGCAAAACCAAUGAUUGGAAAAUGAGCCACUUUUUUGUGGGGUGGAUUAUAGCAUUCUGUUCUACCUUGUGCCCAAUUUCAGUAUAAAAGCGAUCACACUUGUGACAUCGUUCUUUAGUAACGUUCUUGGCUUUGCAACCGUCAACGACGCAUCUCGUUCGAACAUCAACAGAUUGAAGUAAUUCACCCGAAAGAACAUCCAAAUCUUUUUCUGCGUGAAAAUGAAGUGUGCAUUGAUCUGUGUGGCUCUGUGCGUUGCCGCGGCCGUGGCCAUCCCCGUCCCGGACCAGAACGCCGAAACGCUCAAGUACGACAACAACAUCAACGGUGUCGACGGGUACAGCUAUCAGUACGAGACGAGCAACGGCAUCUCGGCGCAGGAAGCUGGCGAGCUGAAGGCGGUCGGUGAUGCGUCCGCCCUGGCCGUGCGUGGAUCCUACACGUACACGGCCGCCGACGGACAGGUGUACACGGUGACGUACAUUGCGGACGAGAACGGAUUCCAGCCGGAAGGCGAACAUUUGCCGAAGGAGUAGAACGGAACGAAUGGUAUACUCGAGAUGUAAAUAAAUGGUUGGAAAUUGUACCAAAA